UACAAGCAUGUCUGGUUUGAGUGGGUACGACAGCGAAGUUGUAGGCUUCGACUGUAUUACUCAAGACGCUAGAUCCCUCGCUAGCAGCUCAGCUCAGACCACGGAGUUCAGUGAGCAGGGCGUCGCUUCUCAAACGUCCACGUCGAAAGACGAAGGCUGCAUGACCCAGCCUGAAGACGGAGGCACAAACGAGAUAUCAGAAAUACCCUCGGGUUUGAACGAAUUCCUCAGGAGAGUUGCUCCAGCUAUGAUGGAGCAAUUGGAACAAAACGACAGAGAAUUCAUCAACGAAUCCUCAGAUUCUGACGAAGAAGACAUCAUUGCCGCGAAAUUAUUGCAAGAGAUCAAACUCAAGCACGGACUCGGGUGUGGCGACCACGACACUUCGAUAUUGGGUGUCACUUGGAGCAGCGCCGGUAACUCGAUCGCUGUGUCCAUUGGCGCGAUGCAACACGAAACGUGGUGCCAGAAUUCCGGUCUUAUCAAAGUAUUUAUGCUGAAGAGGAGCGAGGAAAGAUUCGUCCAAGCUAUGGACGUCACUGAAAAAGAUUGUGUUAGUGUUUUAAAGUACCACCCAACGGUCGCCGCCUUGUUGGCUUACGGGACCACUUCUGGUGAAAUUGUACUUUGUAAUUUGAGAAAUGGCAGCUUGGAUGAAGGUACCCAGUUGGCUUCACCGGCCGGAUGUCACGGUUCUAGGCGGGUCUCGGCUCUGCGCUGGGCAGACGCGCCGUUAGCGAACAUUUUCUUGAUGAUGCUGAUUACCAGCAAAGGGAAACGACGUGGAGCUGCUGAUCAGGUUCUAUUUUCUGCUGGAUGUGAUGGCACCCUUAACGCGUGGCAAGUGAACGCCGAUCAAAGAGUAUUUGAAAAUAUAGUUUGUUACCAUAUCAAUGGCGACCAGAAAUUGGCCCCGGAUAUAACAUGUUUCGAUUUCAUUGUAAUCUAUCCGCUACGCCCGACUGACGAAAAAGUCCCCGAUGACGUCUUCGUGGUGGGAACGAAGACAGGGAAACUGUUUUUAUGCAAGAUCAAGGCGGAAGUUGAAGGCGUUGAUCCGGUUUAUGAUGUCCUCGAGGGGCACGGUACUUGCGUUCUCGAUGUGGCCUUCAGUUAUCAAAGACCGGGUGUAUUCGUGUCCAUAUCCAUGGAUUCCGAGUUGAGGGUCUAUGAUAUUAACCAGGGGAGUCCAUUGAAGAUUCUCUGUCUUGAUAUUCCAAUAUCGUGCAUGAGCUGGUUGUCGCCGCCCUGCGUGGUUCUCGGGCUGUCUGGUUGUGAGGAAUCUCUGCGCGUGUACAACGUGAACAGCGGCCGGUUUGUGCCCGUCACCGGGAUGAAUGGUUGCGGGGAUGUCACUUGUGUAUCUGUCAACCAGUUUGGAUCUUGUCGUGUUGCCGCUGGCGACAGCGACGGUAACGUUAAAAUUUGGGAGCUGCCCACGCGACACAUCAAACUAUCGGAUGACGACUUAGACUUUUAAAAUUUUCAACAAUACGUCAAAUAAAACCUGUAUUUUGUUUUCAGAUUUAUUUUUAAUAUAACGGUCGGUUUCUGAACGACGAACCGAGUUAGGAAAAGAUUUUGCUAUUUUAACGGUUAAAUAUUUUUUUCUAGAUUAAUAGAAACUGUUCGUUAAAUGAUCGAUUAAAAAUGAUGUUUUAUUUGCUGAUAUAUACUGCCAUAAUAUUUUA